UCUCCUUGUCUCACCCUCAAGAACUUUCAAAUUAUCCCUAGGCAAAGAUCUUCUUCUAGACUCAUUGGAACAAUUAAAUAUUUUAUUCUUAUUAUUUUUGUUGUAUUUAGUUUGACUGGGUACGUGAAAAUGUGAUAAUAUUUUCGACUCUUAUCCGACAUUUUUCGAAUAUUCCAACGAUUGAACAAUCCACUCAGGUAAAAUUCAUUGAAGAGAGAUGCAGAAUGUACGUUUGACAAACGAGUUUGAACCUGUUGGGACUUGUCGUCGUAGUGAUAAAAAAUCCAUGAAGACUUUUUGGCAGCAAAAAUUGGUACAAACUGCAGCUUCGUCAAUUUUUAAUUGGAUAUGGAAUAAACCACAUUCCCCUGAGGAUUCCAAUGGUCUAGCUGUUGAUGGUAUAUCAAUAUCAAUUCCCUACGAGUCAAUGACAGACGAUGAGAAAUUUCUUCAGGAGGUGGCAAAAUUAACACACAUUCAGCUCUCAUCACCCCUCCAGCUUUGCCAGCACAGGGUUAUUAUGAAAAUACAGAAUUCCUGCAGUACAUUAACUGAAGAAGAGCUCGCUAAGCUCGGCGUCAAUCUGUUGAAUUGUCAGUCGGCUGUAGAGGGGAGAAAAAUCUUUCCCUGCAGUGAAGAUAUGUCACUUAAACAAUGCACAACGGAUAUGGAUGCUGAUAUGUGGAAUGCUUAUCACUUGAUGAGCAAUAGAGCAAGAGCUGUUUGUUAUGCAGCACGUAAUGUUCAGUUUAGAGCACUCACUGAAUUGACAAUUAACAAACUCAUGAAUAGUGCACAGUCGCAAAUUCAGGCUCUCAGUUCUUUGAAGGAAAGUCACGAGCGAUUAGAAUUACAUACUAUUGAGGCAUUCUCGUCAUUAUCAAGUGGGAAUAAAAUUCUCUUGGAACAGCAGAAGCAUCUGGAAAAUGCACAAUCCAUAGCCCACAAAUUGGUUACAAAUAAUCUUCGUCAAUUGACAAACGAGAAGGCUUUAAUGCGAAGUGGACACACUCUGUUGGCUUCUAUAACUAGAGAUAUUGAAAGACGUUUGGAAAAAACAAAUCGAGAACUCAUGGAUCAAGCUUUAGAGCACCAAGAGCAUCAUCAAGAACUGCUCAAGGACCUGAUGAAUAUUCGCAAAGAAUCCCAGUUAAUUUGGGAUAAAAUUGAACACAGUACAAAUCGAAUAGUGGAUCAAAACGCCGAUGUUGUGGCGCAGUAUGACCAGACAUUGGAAAAAUUAGAAAAAAUAAAUGAUACUGUUUAUUUUAUUUGGAAUGUAACCAAAUCGAUGCGGCACGAAAUUGAUGAGAAAUUGGGCUGGAUUACUGAUUAUAUUGGAAAGACCAGCGAACAAUUGCAUAAAAUUUAUCGGAUAUCACUCCAUAUUAUUUAUUUGCUAGCAGCGAUGGUUGUUGCUGCCUUUCUCAAUGCUCCCUUCCUAACGAGAGCCACAAUUAUAGGGCUGAUUCCCCUAAAUAUAAUGACAUUUUUAAAACACGGAAUAUACGCCUGCCUCGAUUUUACAUCCAUUACAAUUUUAAUUUUCUUCAUUACAGCAAUGCAUUAUGUUAUGCUUGGGAUUCAGCAGUUACUUAUAACGGAUAUAAAAAUGAAAAAACUCCCUCAAGAAAUUAAUAUCAUAAACUGCAACGCAUAUGGGGAAUCAACACCUGCAACUGGAAUAGUUUCAAUCACAAUACGCCGUAGUGCUCGAUUCAUGAAAAGUGUUCAUAAUAUAUAUCAAAUUAUCAUUCAUCAGCUCAUUCAUUUGAAAGACAUGGAAGAUAAUGAUCAUUACAAAAUGGCGGCCUGGUUGUGUUAUCAUUUCGACGAAAAAUGUCAGCUCAUGCUGCAAUCUCCAUUUUUCUGGUAUCACACAAAUACAAAUCCAGUUGAAGAACUUUCAUGUUCCUAUCUUCCAUCAAACAUACAUCGCGAGGAUCUUAUUACCCAUUAUACACCACAGCAAGAUUCCACUUGGUUAUCCGACAACACAGGUCAUUCGUCUUCAGGCUGUAGUGAUGGGAUUUACCCUGAUUUAUCAAAUUGGCAAAAUGAGAACGAAUUGAGACAUCGUUCUUUGUUCACUCGCCACUCACCAAUCAGUUAUUCCAGUGUACGCCCAACCGAAAGUGUUAGGCCUGAUGGAUCUGAUUAUGCUGCCUCACCACCAAUGCUAUGCAGUGCUUUGACAAAGACGGGUGCGAAAUGUCGUUCACGCGCGCAGCCAGGCCAAAAUUUUUGCGCUCGCAAGUGUCACGGCUCAUCCAUCAUGAGUGAUUAAAUCACUCUCAUCGUGUAAUACAUUUUCCUUUUUUUUUUGUCUUAUGGCUGGGGAAAAAUCACAUAAAUAUAAAAACAUUCGUAUAGCCUAUAAGGAAAUUAGAUCGGAUUGGAUAAGAUGUGUAUCCAAUAAAUUUUCAUUAAUUUAUUAAAUAAGGAAUUUGUAGACCAAAUUUUUUACUCAUAUAUCGUAAAUUAUUUCUCAUAUUAUUUUACAUUUUCAAACUGUAGACAAUAAUGAAGCCAAUUUUUGAAUUAUAACAACAUGUGAUGGUU